AUGGCUUGUGUGUUGGAAACCCUAACUGUCCCACGCGCCUCCGCUGUCCCGUCUACCUCCUUGACUCCGGUUACAGGAGCCUCCUCUUCUCGCCGCAGCUCGAACAGAUUCUCUCAGUUCAGAGGCCUCAAGAUCCAGCAAAAUCGAUGCGCCUUGUCUCUGAGUUCUACUUCUAAAAUAGCUCGCCGUGGAAGUCAAAUCGUUUGUGAAGCUCAGGAAACAGCAUUUAAAGUUGCUGAAGUUACUGAAGCAGCAUGGGAUUCUCUUGUACUUGGGAGUAGUUCACCUGUCUUAGUUGAAUUUUGGGCACCAUGGUGCGGGCCUUGCCAUGAGAGUCCUUCAAUUGCAACCAAGUAUGGGAUUCGAAGCAUUCCAACUGUUAUGAUUUUCAAGAAUGGAGAGAAGAAAGAUUUCAUUCUUUUCCUGCGACCAAAUUCUGUAUCUGAUUCUCUUUCUGGAUUGUAUUUAUUGAUUUUCAGCUGGUUAUAUGGCGUUCAGAGCUCGUCGUUAGAAUCAGACGAUAAACCAAAAUGUCCAAUUUGUAAGGCUUACAUCACAACUUCUUCAUUGGUUCCCCUCUAUGGUCGUGGCACAUCAUCAGCUGAAUCCGAUGGCAAGAAAUGCCAAUUGGAUCUCGUCAUACCUCACAGGCCAGUGGCGCAUGGUAUGAACUCAUUACUCCCUUCAAAUCAGCAACUCCAUCCCAAUCCGUUUCAGCCACAGCAGCCUUCUUUUCAUCACAGUUUUGAUAAUUAUGCUCCAAUGACACCAUCUAGCUUCGGGGGAACAACAACAACCAAUUUUUUCAAUCCAACAAUACAUAUGUUUGGUGAAAUGGUUUUCGCUAGAAUAUUUGGGAGUUCGGAGGCAAGUUUGUUUUCUUAUCCUCGUACAAAUUCCUACCCCAUUAUGGCAAAUGGUAGCCCUCGGUUGAGAAGACAAGAAAUGCAGGUGGACAAGUCUCUUAACAGGCUAGAUUCGCUCACAAAUGCCAAUUCCGGUGGGGGCCAUCGAGGAGUAGGACCCAACAAAGGUAAGAGGAUUAAGCUGGAAGGAGUGGGAGAAAUCACGUAUCGUGUUGAUCAAUUGGUCUAG